UGUACGUGCGCAUUCUCACUGACGUGACAGAGUCGCUGUCCUGACAGGCUCUAGAGUGAGUCAAGCUGGUUUGAGAAACAGACAACAAAACUUCUCUUGUGAAAACAGAAAACACUUCAGAUUGUAUUUUGAAAGUGCGUUACUGGAGAGUCUUAGAGCAACAAAGCGGAACAUCUCUUUCAGUUGAUUUUGUGAAAUUUAUCGCGAAGGUCUGGGUGAAGUUAGCGUGAAUCGAGAUGAUUUAAAAUCAAAAGCAUCAGGAGAUUAUUUUUUUCUUAUAUAGUGGACAAAGAUGUAUCGACGUGAUCCGGACGUGCGUCUUCUCUAAAACCCAAGCUGGCGGACGGAGAGUCGGAGCGGUCAGGGCAAUCAUUGCAACACUAUGAUGGAGAGAAGUCGACGAUAACAAGAAAGGGCAUGCCAAUAUGGAGCCUGCCCAGACCAAUGUAUUUGGAGUUGGCGUGGAGAAUCGGGAUUUAGGAUUGGACAUCCAUCAGCAAGGGGAAGGAAUGGUGGUGCUGCAGGAGAUUCAGCUCAAUGAACAGGAGAAACCACAGCGUUUGCUGCAGGAAGAUGAGCCAACAGUAAUUCUCGGUAUGGCCAAAGUACCAUACAGGACAGGUGGGAAACUGCCUGAGGUGGAACCAGACAUUUUCACCCAUGAAGAAAUUGCCCAAGAAAAGCCAUGGCAGAUCUACACCCUAGAGGGAACACGGCCCCCUGUGGUUUCCCUUAAGGUGGAUGCAGAAGACUCUUCUGAGAAAGAACUUGAAAUUUGUCCGGAUGAGGCAGUGCAAGUGGAGUUGGCAGACACUGAGGAAGAAGUGAUAACAGAAGUUUGCCCCAAUAGCACUGUGUGGCAUGUAAAUUCCCUUAAUGGAGAAGAACAUAGUGAAUGCCCAGUCGUGGAGGAUGGCUCUGAAGCUAACACUAGUGCCUGUGGCACCACAGGGUCUGAGAGCCCAGCUCCAUCAAGUAGCUAUACAGACCUAUCACAGACAUCCUCUCCUUCACUUUCUGAUCAACUCCGGCUCGGUCGUGAAGAAACCUCAGGGGCAGGACUAAAUGUUGAGUGCCGAAUAUGUGGAGACAAGGCCUCUGGGUUUCAUUAUGGAGUACAUGCCUGUGAAGGCUGCAAGGGAUUUUUUCGGAGGACAAUCCGAAUGAAACUUGAGUAUGAGAAAUGCGAACGAAACUGCAAGAUUCAGAAAAAGAGCCGAAACAAAUGCCAGUAUUGUCGCUUUCAAAAGUGCCUCGCUUUAGGCAUGUCUCAUGAUGCAAUCCGAUAUGGCAGGAUGCCCGAAGCAGAGAAGCGAAAACUGGUAGCUGGGCUUCAAGCUGGAGAAGUGGAUAUCCAAAACCAUGUUGGGAGCAUGGAUUUCAAGUUGUUGGCCAAACAUGUCUACAAUGCUUACUUGAAGAGCCUCAAUAUGACAAAGAAGAAAGCACGCAGUAUUUUGACAGGCAAAAACAGCUCCAACCCGCCCUUCGUCAUCCAUGACAUGGACACUUUGUGGCAGGCAGAGAAUGGCAUUGUGUGGAAUCAGCUAACACAAGGUGCACCGCCAAACAAAGAAAUUGGGGUUCAUGUGUUCUAUCGUUGCCAGUGCACCACUGUGGAGACUGUACGGGAACUCACAGAGUUUGCCAAAAAUAUCCCUGGCUUUGUAGAGCUCUACCUUAAUGACCAAGUUACACUUCUGAAAUAUGGAGUUCACGAAGCCAUCUUUGCCAUGCUGCCCUCAUUUAUGAACAAGGAUGGUCUGCUUGUAGCCAAUGGAAAAGGCUUUGUGACACGAGAGUUCUUACGCAGCUUACGUUGCCCUUUCAAUGAAAUUAUGGAGCCUAAAUUUGAAUUUGCUGUGAAGUUUAAUGCGUUGGAACUUGAUGACAGUGACCUCUCUCUUUUUGUAGCUGCCAUCAUUCUCUGUGGAGACCGGCCUGGACUCAUGAAUGUGAAGCAAGUAGAAGAAAUCCAAGACAAUAUUCUACAAGUGUUGAACCUUCACCUACUGGCCAACCAUCCCGACUCCCAGUAUCUUUUUCCAAAGCUUCUACAGAAAAUGGCAGAUCUGCGGCAGCUAGUGACUGAGAAUGCCCAGCUGGUACAGAAGAUUAAAAAAACAGAGUCAGAGACCUCACUGCACCCGCUUCUACAGGAAAUAUAUAAGGAUAUGUACUAAAUAUAAAAUACAGAUUUACACCGGCAUAUAUAAGUAAAUCUGCUGGGAUUUAUUUUCUAAAGUAUGGUUCAUCUCUUUUUUUCCACUCAUUUCAUUCACAUGAAUGUUGAACAAGUUCUGCCUCCAGCAAGAAUCUCUCUUUGACACUUGGAUUUUGUUUUGUUUUCUCCCUAAAUAAUUAACUCUUGAUGUUGCUAGAAAAUUUGACAUGAACAGUGAAAUUUGAAGAAGGCGUGCCCAAACACCUUUUUAACACAUUAUUGCUACUUUUAUUAUUGGGGAACAUUUCAAUGGGUAAGCCAUAAAGCAAAUUCUAAAAGGAUAUUAGCUCAAGUUUUACUAAGUGAACAAACAUUUCCAAAAAAUGUCAUUCUGUGGGAGGACAACUACAGUUAAUUUUUAAAAAUAGGUAGCAUUUUAAAAUUUGAAUGAGAGAAAAUCAUUUAGUUUUCAGAUUUAUUUAAUUAUUUUGAUCCCUCAACAUCUCAUAAGCUAUAGCAUCUGAAUCUGCUCACAAACUAAAUGUUCUUGAUUAAACUAUUAAACUGAACAACCAUACUCCUCUGGAACCCAUCUUACAUCACUUUUUAACUGAACACAAAAUUAAAAUGACCCAGAAAACUACCAGAAUGGUUUGGCCCAUUUUCAGUAAACAUUGUAAUUCAGCUUUUUAAAUUAUUUUUCUGAUUCAAGUAUUCUUUUACUGGGUUUCAGAAGGGUGCCAUUCCAGAAAUUGAGUUUUAUAUAAGUUAUUUGACACAUUGUACAGUACGCAACUACACAAAAAGUAUACUUGGUGUCUCUUAACUAAUCAAAUACAGCCAUUUCUGUAUAAGUUAAUAACAACAGGGAUAGAAGCGGGUCAAGCAGAGAAAUUUGAAAUACUUUUAAGCCUUUAAAACAAACAGAAUUAGGUAAUUAUAGAAAACAAGUGUUCUUUAGCUCUGUAUUGCGUAACUCCAGAUGUUGGCUUGCACAACUAUAAAUUAUGCCUAGUUAACUUUGCUGUUCCAUCAGAUUCCUAAGAAAAAUUCCCAUCACUGACAAACAACUGCUCAUCAUUUUAUUAGGAGUCCAGAUUUUAAAGUUGGUGAAUCUUUUACACAUAUUAUUAUAUAUGAGUGUAGUCAUUCGCAUUUGUGUUUUCACUUUGUAUUGAGACCAAGUUCACAUGGAAUUAACAAAAGAGGUUUUAUUUCAUUUUCUGUUUAAGAUCAAUAACAUUUUCAGAAGGAACAGUAGAGUUUUGGAUUUUCCUAUAUGAGGAUUAAUUUUGAGCUUUUUGUUUACUAGAGAUUCUGGUACAGGGAUCACAAACUCAAUUUUCUCAUGAGCCAUAAUGCCGGUAGGUUUUAUUCUAUUCAAUUUAUUAUUCAGAAGCCAUUCUUAGUGGAGUAUUAUUAAACAUUCAAUCCGAUGCAUGCAUCAGCACUGUCAUAUGUUUGGUUACAAUUUGCAGUGAAGCUUACUUCAGUCAUGUUCUAAUGCACAAGAGUCAAGACAGGGUAUAGAUGUUUGCUUCACUGAAGGUUGUUAAGGUCAUUUCCUUUUUAAGUAGCAGUGUUGUGCAAAUAGUAAGAUAGUAAGGACAGCUGCUGACUUACCAUCAUUUGCACUUUUUGUAUUUUCAUCAUUAUGUUCAGUAUGGCAUUGAGGUUUACAAAACAUUUUCUCGACUUUCUCAGAAAAGUAUAAUUGACAUUGCAAAAAAAUGUUCAAGACAGCUGACAUAAGAUACCUGUGUAAAUGACAUGAACAUUAAGACCAAGAACUGACACGUGUUUGGGGAAAACCUGCAAUGAUCCCAGCUUUCCAGUCUCGGAGUCUUGUGCCCUCUGUUUUAGCAUCUACAGCAGGGAUUUCCUCGGGUUGUCCUGGUUGGCAGUACGUUUUCAUUGUAAUCAUUCGCUUUAUCACAAGAGAAUUUCAGUUUGUAUUUUUUAUUAACUCCUGAUUUUCUGGUGUCUUGACUCAGUCUUUUGAUUCAGCAAAAUGUGAAAUUACACAGGAAUCAUUUCAGAUUGUUGCCAUUUCAGUUUUCUUCUCAUAUUAUUUUAUCAGAACAGUCAUGUAUGCUUUUUAUAGUUCUUGUGACCUGCAGUGCUUGUAUUUUGUUGGAAACUGCCAGUUAGGUGUUCCAUAAAAACCCUAGUUAAGACUAAAGCAAACCACAUUAUGUAUAGUUCUUCAGUAAGAGCUUGUGACUGGGUUGUAAUGUCAAUACCAGCAAUGAGAAGAAAAAAAAAAUAAUGCAUGUAUUUACAUGCUGUUCAAUAACCCGGUUAUUCACAAACACCUGGUUUCUGAAUUGCCAUGCAAACCCUUAUUCUGGUUAGAGAAACCCAAAUAUUGGUCUGUAACAUGCAGGUUAGGUGCAUUGGCGAUCCUAAAUUGUCCCUAAUGUGUGCUUGGUGUGUGUGUGUGUGCCCUGCAAUGGGCUGGCGCCCUGCCCAGGGUUUGUUCCUGCCUUGUGCCCUGUGCUGACUGGGAUUGGCACCAGCAGACCCUCGUGACCCUGUGUUAGGAUAUAGCGGGUUGGAUAAUGACGGCCUGACUGACAAACCCUGUUAACACACUUAGAUUUUGUCACAAGUAAUCUGGUGAUUUGGAUGUGUAAACCCUAGCCACACACGCAUCAAGCAUCCACAGGUAGAAAACGAUGGAAAUGUCCACAAAGAUGAAUGUUCUCAGUGAAAUGCUCUGGCAGUCACUGGUUGAAGUAAUGUGUCUCUAAAUUAUGCUGCUGAUCUGAAUAUACAGAGUUAAGCUAAGCACAGUCUUGGGAGCAGUGUCUACACGGUUAAAGUGAUGUGCGUUACACAGUCUGAUUACUUUUUAAAGUAAUGAGUAUUAAAGUCAACAUUUCUGCACUGUUUAUCCCAGGAGCCCUGGGUUUAAGACAAGAGUCAAACGUAUCUAUAUGCCUCCCCUUUCAGGGAUUGGUCACCCAACUAAGCGAAAAAGAGUGUGCUGCAUGCAAUCCGGUAAGGAAAACCCUCUAACUAAAAUGUCGGUAUUGUUUGAAUCCUGCUAUUUGCUAUACAGUAGAUAUGUUUAAAACAGUGUGAUCGGGACAGGCAGCAGCCCAUGUCCAUAUGACAAUUGUGGGGGGGGGGUUGGCUUUUGUGUAAAAAGGGGUGUUAUUUAAUUUACGGCCCGUGAAGCACUCGAGUAUUUAUAAACAAAAUGAUCAGUUUCUUUAAGGUUCAUAUACAGUGAUACCUUGAGAUACAAGUUUAAUUCGUUCCGUGACCGAGCUCGUAAAUCAAAAUGCUCUUAUCUCAAAUCAAUUUUCCCCAUUGAAUGAACUGAAAUGCCAUUAAUCCAUUCUGGACCCCCAAAAAACACUGCAAUUGUUUUGUUACAUGUUUUUAAAUAAGAAAAAUGUACUUAUAAAUAACGAAUAUUGUAUAAAAACACAAUACAAUAGAAUGUACUGCAAUAAACUGGUUUUAUUAAGUACAGUACAGUAUAAUGUACAGCAUUUACCUUUGAGAUCAGACGAGUUGAAGAUGCUGACGGAGGUGGUGGAGAAAGGCUGAACUGAAUACCUGAAUGUCAUUCACUGAUUUUUGCCCUUUUUGUCACACCUUCCUCACUUUCAUCUGCAGGGAUUUUCGAAAAAAACCUGUCCAGUGAGGUCUGUUUCAUCCUCCCUUUCAGAAUGUUUCUAAAAUGCGUCAUGCAAGUGUCAUUAAAUAGUGCAGUCGCAUGCCCAGUUGAAACUUUUUCUGCGUGUUUCUUUUGAAUAAAGUCUGAAAGUUUCUCCCACAUUCCCAACAUUUCCUUUAUCUCACUUGUAGAGAUAACUUCCUCCGCCUCCUCCGCAUCACUUAUUUCCUGCAAAACCUCCGUGUGCUACUGCAUCUGUAGCUCCUUUAGCUCCUCCGUUGUCAGUUCCUCAGAGUGCUCCUCGAUGAGCUCAUUGAUGUCACCUUCAUCCAUGUCCAGGCUUGCUGGGGGAUGUAUCCUUCAGCCGCUAUUAUUCUUGCAAAAGUUUUGAGGUAAUCCUCAGUUGCCUUCAUGUCCUCGCUCACUGCCUCACCAUGCCUGACAAUGGAGUGAAUGCCGGUCCUCUUUUUAAAAUUCUCGAACCAGCCCCGACUGGCUUUAAACGGCUCGCCCGAUGCCAAGUCUGUCGAAGUGCCUGGGGUCUGCUGCUGCAAAUCAGCGUAAAUCGCUCGUGCCUUCUCACAGAUUAUAGCCUCCGUCACGGUAUCUCCUGCGAGCUGCUUCUCAGUCAACCACACAAUCAGCAGCUUCUCCAUCUUUUCAUGGAUAGAUGUCCGCUGUUUAGAAAUGAUUUUAACGCCCUUGGCUGGCGUUAUAGCCUUUAUCGACUCCUGCUUCAGUAUGGUGCAGAUUGUAGAAGUGCUACACUUGUACUUCUUCGCCAGAUCAAUUACACGCACACCUUGCUCAUGUUUUUCUAUAAUUUCUUCCUUUAAUUCAAUGCACAUCAUCCGCUGCUUCUUCUCUGCAGUGUCCUUCGCACUCACUUUCAUCGGACCCAUAGUUGGAAAAACGAAGUUUUGCAAAAUAACUGUGAGCACAACGCUGAAGCUUCCACUGCGAGCUAACUGCUUAAAGUGAACGAGUGAGACACGGGAUGUUGCGGCGUUCACUGUGGUGAGCUGCACAAACUAGCGGUGGCGUGGGAUAUCUGGAGCUGGCUCAUAACCCAAAUUUUAGCUCUCAACUCAAAGCAAAAAAUCGGCCAAGAGACUGCUCGUAUCUCAAAAAACUCGUUAGUUGGGACACUCGUAAGUCAAGGUAUCACUGUAUGGGCUUAGGAUUUAAUAGUAAAUGUUGACCAGUCAAAUGUGCAGUUUUUCAUACAAAAGAAUAAAAAAGUAACACACUUUUUGUAAUACAUUAUAUAAGUUACUAUAAGACCUAUUUUGUUACUUUUUUGUAAGUAAUACGCAAUGAACCUAAGUAACCUUUAUAAGCAACACCCCCCACGCUCCAUUUCUUGUUUUUGGAUUUACGGUGGUUGUUGAUGAUGAUUAAUCUUUUUUAGUUCACUUCUGUGACAUUGGAGCAUUUUGCCAAAGGAGAACUCCAUAAGUGGGCUCUCUUAUGUAAAGGGAGGUUUUUGUUUUUUAGAAACCAGGUUUGUGCUUCAACCGGGUAACUCACCUUAGCCUUUUCUCUUUUUUUUGUGCAUGUAAACGCACUCGCUAAAGUAACAAAUCAUUGGAAUUCAGUUUAAAGAGCUGAUUUUCAUUUUGUCGUUCAUUGAAGCCUGUAUAUUUAUUUAUUUUCAUCAUUCAAUAAUGGUCCAAUGAAGUCUACAUUUCAAAAGCUUUCUUGAUCACAAUUAUUUAAAACAGUUACAUUAAAUAAAAGUAAAAUCUGUACUUCUUUACAUGAUUAUAAAUAAAACCUUCAUAACGUGCAUUGCACAAAUAAAGCUCGACUUGAAGGUACUAUACAAUCUAGUAAUAAAAACAACUGCAUUUGUACAUAUACAAUUUAUACAAAAGAUAUAAUGUUGUAAAAUACAAAAAUGGCUACAUAAACAGAAAAAAGUCACAUUUUACAAAAGUAAAAAGUAUUGAACACUCAUUUGCAUUUACCAGUAGGCUUUGCUGUCUCCACGUGGAAACCUCACAGUUCUAAAACUGUGCAGAACUUGGAAGCAAAUGUGUUAGCUCAGUAACCGGCGAUGUGUUCGGCAAUAAGACGUUUGGAGUUCACAUUUUGUUGACGCAGUCCAAGAGAGCAUAAGAAAAGCUUAAGAAUUGUUCAAGGGAUCUGCUGCGGACUGUCACAGAGUACUGCAUGUUUUACACUGGCCGUGGAAGAAGAGCAUUUGCAGGAGCUUCUCCUGUUUAGUGAGCGAUUUAGACAACUUUAAAGGUCAAAACAAAAAAGUAGUCUCAUAAAAUCAGUGUUGCACUUUGCUAUUUUUUUCAUUUGUUGAUUAGAUUUUUACAACACAAACACAAGGUCAGGGCAACUUAGUUAUGAUAUCAAAUGAAUUAGUUUAUAUGGGAGUAUUCUCCAGCAUUAACUAAAGGAAAAAAGUAUUAACUCUUUUGAUCACCAGGACAGGACCAUUGUGAUUCCCACUGCUCUUCCUGAGCAGUUUUACAUUCCAGCCCUGUCUUAACUAACCAUGUUCAGAUUUACAUGUUCUAGAAUUUAUCCAAGAGACAGUUGGAUAAACUGUCAAGUGAGCAAGUGGAAAAGUUGGAUAGUUGGAUAAACUGUCAACUGAGCAAGUGGAAAAGUUAGGUAGGUUGGAGAAAAACAAAACAAGUAUUGUUUACUAGCCGUGCUACCCAUCUAAGAAUGGUUGAAAUCUAAAUAAUCAACGCAGACCUCAGUGUUCACGUUUGCAGUCCACCAUGCAAUUUAUAUAUCUCUGUUACAUGCCAUUUGGUAUGGGAUUCAUAAAAGCAGAGUUUGUAAUGCACCAUCUACAGGAAUGACAAAUGCAAUGCAUUUUAUUACUGCAUCAUCUUUUGAAAUGACAGAGACAUAGGAUCUGGACAGACACACAGAAACCGCCCUUUAUUAAGGUGUAUAUUUGUAUUGUGCCAUCUGUUGGAAUGACAAAUGUAAUACAUAUGUCUGUUACAUGCCAUUUGGUAUAGGAUCCGUAAAAUCAGUGUUAAUGUUUGUGAUGCGCCAUCUGUUGGAAUGACAAAUGCAAUGUAGUUUAUGACUAAAAAUGUUUGUGAUGCACCAUGUUUUGGAAUGACAGAGACAUAGCAACCAGAUGGACACAAACAUCCUUUUAUUAAGGUGCAUAAAUGUAUACAUAUGUGCAUUGAAUGUAGCCAAAUUAUCUCUAAUGAUUCCUUGUAUUCCAAUCCUACAUUGGAAAUAACAAGCCGAACAGUUACAGUAUUCAAGAGUUUACUAUUAGGAACCUGGGUGACAUUUAGUUGAAGAGCCGGAUAUUAAUGCAUUUCCAGUAAGUAAAAUAUCAACAGCAUUAAUUUCAUUUAGUACCAUAAUAUAUAACUAAAAACUUACAACUCGAUAACCCUUUUAUAAUAAAGUAUUAAUUUUCAAUAAGUAUAACUUAAAACUGAUAAACUAAAAUAAUACUGAUAAUAUGAAAUACAUUUUUAAACUAGAAGUCGUUUCUUAAUUUAUAAUCCAAAAGAAAGUGCAGAAACAAGAUUUGUGGAUUCUGUGAUCGGUGGCUAGUAGCACAAAUGGAGACGUAAGCCCUUAGCCAUUGGGGUAAACUCCUCCGUCACCAGAUGCCCCUUUUCAUUCAGUAGCCACCGGAUGGAUGGAUUUUUAUUUUAACCAACGCAAUUUUAUCAAGCUAGUUUGUGCAAGUGGUGUUGAAUAAAAAGAGACCCGUUAAAAUCUCUAACCUGAAUGUGUUUCUGUUUACAGGGUGGGCUAUACAUGAGUCUCUCCCUUCGCUCCCUCCCUUUAACUGCAGUGACGAGUAGUCAUGAGAGAUGGCCAUUUUCAUCUGGACGUCCAUGUUUUCAGGUUUCUUCACGUUCUGAUAAGUUGAUAUAGUAGGAAGAAAAGGAUUGUGGCGUUCAUUUCCUUCCUGUGUUUAGUCCUCCAUGACCGAGUGAUGAUCUUUUAGGCACUGACAGAACAAACACCUCGAGAGGUUUACAUGCUGACAGAUUAAGUUGCUGUUUUUAGUGCACUCGUGAUUCUACAAUCCUACUGUGCUAUUGCUGCUGACUUGUUUAUUAUGUUUUUCUUUCUUUUUUUCUCAAAUAACCUAUAAGCACCGUCUACCUCUUUGUGAAUUUAUAUUGCAUAUUUUGAAAUUUAAAUUGCAGGGUGCACAGCAUAAAAUAAACCUGUAUUUAACUUGUAAUUAAAUCUGCCUCAUUUAUAACAUUCCUUUA